AUGGCCUCCAGCAGUACUGAUGUGGCUGCCCCGCCACCAGCGGGCGGCGGCCUCGAUAUCACAGCCAUGAAGACCGACGUCUACAGCAGCUGCAUGGACAUUGCAGAGGAAGAGGGCCUAAAGACGGUCUUUCACCAGAGCACCAUUUUCGCCCUGGGCAUCAUCCCCAACAAGGACGUCCAGGUCCUCCUUCAAGUGGUGCAAGGGCUUCUGAAUGAGAAGUUGUUCAAGACUGUACAGGAUGCGGAGGGCUUGGGCUGGCGAGUGCGGACUGAGGAUGAUGCUAAGAAAUUCCGCAGCCUGACCGCAGAACAAGAGAUGGUCUACGGGCUCAUCGACGAAGCCGGCGACGAUGGGAUCUGGACCAAGACCAUCAAAGCCAAACUCAAGAUCCACGACACCAUCAUGCGCACCUGUCUCAAGCACCUCGAAGGCCGGAACCUGAUCGCCGACAUGAAAUCCGUCGAGCACCCCACUCGCAAGAUGUACAUCCUAUCGAGCCUGCGGCCCAGCGAGCGUGCGUCAGGAGGCCCAUGGUACUCAGAGGGGGAGCUGGAUAUGGAGUUCGUGGAGAUUGUGACGAAGGUGCUAUACACGCAGAUCAAGAGGAGAAGCUUCUACACGGACACAGCUAUGCUUCGUCGCCCCGCGAAGACAAUCAGUAGCAAGGGCAAGGGUAUGUCUUCCGCGCAAGCCAAAGCCGCGAGGGAGAAAGCACUCGGUGCCCGUGGAGGUAACGAGGACGAGCGGUCGGCGCGAAGUCGUCUGUACGAGGCUACGCUUCCUAUGCCGGCGGACUACAACGGCUAUCCGGAUCUGGAUGAGCUUACGGCCUUUCUCGACGGGAGCAAUAUCGCAAUUCACACGACUCUGGGGGCGCACGAUAUUCAGCAGCUCUUGGAUAUCAUGUGCUAUGAUGACCGCAUUGAGAAGGUCAUUGGGGCAGGGAGUGGUAUUGGGUAUAGGGCGCUGCGGAAGACCUUGAGACAUGAGCAUGAUGUUACGAGCGCGCUCACCGAGGUGCCUUGUGGCCGGUGUCCAGUGUUCGAUCUUUGCGAGGAGGGGGGACCGGUUUCACCCAGCAAUUGUGAAUAUUUCACUGAUUGGCUUGAUAUUUAA